CUACCGGAGUGGACAUGGCUGCCGGCCACACGGGGGCUAUGCUUGCCACCAUCGGGGUGCUUAGUGUCCUUUCGGCUAGCGGCUCUGGACCCAUGGCGGAUGUGGAGGCUGGCGGGGAAGCGGAGUGGGUGGAGCCGUGGGACGAGCCAUGGGACGGGGCUGUUUUCCGGUCACCCUCGGCCCUGGGCACGGUGGGGGUGGCGCAGAGUCGGGGGAGCCAGCGGCCAGGGAAGGACUUACCUGUGCUGCUGUGGUGGAGCCCCGGGCUGUUUCCCCACUUCCCGGGAGACUCGGAGCGCAUCGAGUGUGCGCGCGGCGCGUGCGUAGCCUCCCGGGACCGACGGCUCCGAGGGGAUCCUCGGACGCGCGCACUGCUCUUCUAUGGUACCGACUUCCGCGCGUCUGAUGCCCCGCUGCCACGCUUGGUGCACCAAAGCUGGGCGCUCCUGCACGAGGAAUCGCCACUCAACAACUUCUUGCUGAGCCACACGCCUGGCAUCCGCCUCUUCAAUCUUACCGCUACCUUCAGCCGCCACUCGGACUACCCAUUGCCGCUGCAGUGGCUGCCCGGUACCGCCUAUCUGCGCCGCGCUGCCACCCCGCUCCAGGAGCGCGCUGAGUGGCGCCGCCGCGGUUACGCGCCGCUGCUCUACCUGCAGUCCCACUGCGACGUGCCCGCCGACCGGGACCGCUACGUGCGCGAGCUCAUGCGCUACAUCCCGGUGGACUCCUAUGGGAAAUGCCUGCAAAACCGGGAGCUGCCCACCCCAAGGCUACAAGACACAACCACAGCUACCACGGAGGAUCCAGAGCUCUUGGCCUUCUUGUCCCGUUAUAAGUUCCACUUGGCUCUCGAAAAUGCCAUAUGUGACGACUACAUGACAGAAAAGCUCUGGCGCCCCAUGCAUCUGGGGGCUGUGCCUGUGUACCGCGGUUCUCCCUCUGUGAGGGACUGGAUGCCCAACAAUCACUCCAUCAUCCUUAUUGAUGACUUUGAGUCACCUCACAAACUGGCAGAGUUUAUUGACUUUCUGGACAAGAAUGAUGAAGAGUAUAUGAAAUAUCUGGCAUACAAGCAGCCUGGGGGCAUCACCAACCAAUUCCUUCUGGAGAGUCUGAGGCGACGAGAGUGGGGAGUGAACGACCCUUUACUGCCCAACUACCUCAACGGCUUCGAGUGCUUCGUCUGUGACCAUGAGCUGGCUCGGCUGGAUGCUGAGAAAGCCCACGCAGCCUCGCCUGGGGACAGCCCUGCGCCGGAGCCUCACAUUGCCCAGCCCUCACACAUGGACUGUCCGGUGCCCACACCUGGUUUUGGCAACGUGGAAGACAUUCCCGAGAAUGACAGCUGGAAGGAGAUGUGGCUGCAGGAUUAUUGGCAAGGUCUGGACCAGGGAGAAGCCCUCACUGCUAUGAUCCACAACAAUGAAACACAGCAGAAGAAAUUUUGGGAUUACCUACAUGAGACCUUCAUGAAAAGGAAUCAGAACCUCUAA